AUGAGUGGCGUCCAGUCCACCCCCAACACCCUCACCGAGCGCCAGUUCCUUGAGCGGGAAAUGAUGAAUCUGGGGGAUUGCAUCCUGCGCCGUGAGCGCCUCGCAGAAAGCCUCCCUGUCAAUCUCGAGGAGUUUGAGGAGUUGGGCCGCCACAUCGCGGAGGCCAAGGUGGAGAUUGCCAAGCAAAUCCGCCGCGUUGAGGACCCCUGGGUCUCCGACGGCCUGCAGCGGUUCUACCUUGUGAUGAUUGGGAACAUGCCCAAUAGGGAUGGGACUAUGCCGUGA